AUGAGUGAUCAAGAAGGGACUUAUUCCAUCCUGAGAUUUCUUCAGUCACCUUCGGAGUCACAAAAUAGAUCAAGGCCUGGUAGUACCCAAAGCCCUGGCAAGACUGACGGAAAAGGAGGAUAGUGGAAGAAAUAUCUCUUCAUUCAUCCGCCAACAACUUUGUAAGCUCUCCUUCACCUUUGGGAUAAAGAAAUCAUCCAAAAGUCUCCACAAUGUCAACUGCUUCAGACUGUGAUCAACCUCCAGAAAACACAGAGCAGACAGAGACAAUCCCUAUUGUGGAUGUGGAAGAGCCUCUUGCCCUUCCUCCUCCUCCUCCUCCACCUGAGGAUGAAUGGCGCCCGGUUCCUGAGCACACCAAUGUGGAUGCCUCUCGUUUUUCCUUCUCUCUAUGUGGAAUAACCCCUGUGAUCCUGGGAGUGUUCAGCCUGCUGCUCUUGAUGUUGUGUGGAUUCUUUGGUUAUCACUACUUUCAAAGUGUUCAGGAAUCAGAGAGCAAGAUGAAGAGCCUUAUCCAACAGACUGAGUCUUUGCAAAACAAAGAGGAAAACUUUCUUCAGGUCCUAAAAGCUCUUGAGCAAAAUAAAGAAAUCUUACAGCAGCUCCGAAAACAGAAUGAGUAUAUCACUGAGGCUCUACAAGAACUAAAUGUGGAACAAGGAGACAGGUGUGGACCUUCUCUGAGUCACUGGGUACAAUACAGAGACCACUGCUACCACCAAACUGUGCAAAUUGUUUCUUGGUUAGAGUGUUCGGAUCUUUGCAUCUCUUUGAAUGCUACAUUUUUAAAGACAGAAAGGAGUAGAUUGAUGUACAUCAUGAAGUUACUUGCAGCAAAUCACACUUGGCUUGGCCUGUCUUAUAAUGAAGAGGACAAUCAAUGGAAGUGGGAGGAUGGCUCCCUUCCUUCUCCUGGCCUGUCAUCUUCUGAGAACAAGAGUGGGUGUGGAAGAGACAGAGAUUUGUGAAGAAUGGAGAAAGUGUGAUAAAAUUGGUUUCAGAGAAUGUGAAAGAAUGGUGACCUGAAAAAAGUAACAGGACUCCCAGCAGUGUUAAAGCAAUUUCAUGUUGGUGACAAUGAAUUUAUAUUGCAGAAAAUCUGAUCUGUUCUAAAAGCACUUGGCUUCUCAGACAUUGACAAAGAGAAAGAGAUAAUUUAUACCAUAUAAGAUAAUGAUUUUAUUGAACAAGUGGGACCAAAAAAAGUUCAAGGAAGUUAGUGAUUGGCAGAAGAGAAACAUAUUAUGGAAUCAAGGUGGACAUGGAGGAAGGUGAAGUAAGAAGCAGACUGAUAGAUUAGAACAAAGUCGAGCUGGAGACAAGACUAGAGAUGCUAGUGAGAUCAAAGCAUUUUCGUGUUGGAAAGAGAUAAAUGAGCAAUCUAGAAAAGUUAGUGUGUUUGUGGAGGGUGGGAAGUUUUAAUAAGACAUUUUUGAGAUGAAACAUUUAAAGGUACGACAAGAACCAAGGUGUUCCCAUGGGAGGGGUUGGCUGAGCCAGAGUGGAGAAGUCACGUGGAGAUGGUGAGGCAGAGCAAUUGAGUGGCCUGGAGGUAAGAGGAUGGUGCACUUGGACACUGAUGGAUCAGAAGAAUGUGAUUCUUCAUCACUGGUCAAUAACAAGGGUACCUGGGAGGACAUAUGCAACGAUGAGAAGAGGGCAAAUGAACGUUAGACUCAUAAGUAAGUGGGAGAGGCUUGAGGGAGGUGGUGUCCGUAGUAAGGUUCUCAGUCAUCAGGUAAAAACUAACAACAGAGAAAUAUUUGGAAAUUUAUAGUAAGAUAAUUUCUUUUUUACCUACAAGCUGGUGACCACUGAAGUCUUCCAAACUAUAUAGUUAUUUACUGUAACACAACAGACUGUACUAAACUAUAUUACAUACUAUAAAAACAAAAUGUAAACUCCCUGCUAUGGGUGGUGAUAUCAACUACUACUAAGUAGUUACCAACUACUAAGAAUUAUCUAUUAUAAUUUAACCAGUAAAGCCAAAAAUAUAAUUUCUAUUCUGACAAAUCUACAUACUUUUCUCUGUAUCCUAUGGUAUUUUUGUUCAAAGUAACCUCUAAUACAAUAUGUAAUUUGGUUCAUUUUUCUUCUCCUAUAGGGCCUCAGACUUGUUAUAGGAAUACUCUUAUUAAGCACUUAUUAAAUAUUUUUCUUAUAC